AUGAGAAGAGCUGUAUCCAAAAUACUACCUUCUCCGAGUGGUGGUAACUCGAUAUCAUCAUCGUCUUCGAAACUUGGAAAUUCUUCGUUUGCUUCAGCAUUCAAGUUGGAUUUCAGUGCAGUAGACGAAUUUUAUGUACAAUUGGAUCAUCCUCACAAAACUUGGCUACCUGGAGAUGAAGUCUCAGGACAAAUAGUUUUAAUAUCAAAGAGAAAUUUGGCAAAUAUAGUCAUUACUCUUUCAUUGAUUGGAUUUAUCAAAAUAAAUGCUUCUUCACAUUCCAAACUAAGACCACUAAAGCAUACAUUGUUUGAUCAUACAAUCAGGAUAUACGGUGGUAAUGACAAUAUAGGUGGUGACAAUGAAGAGUUUGCCAAUGGGCUAAACAAGGGAGAACAUGUGUUUCCAUUUAUUGUUAAACUACCGAAUAAAAAAGUAUUUACGUCAAUUGAUUUUGGAAAAGGAUCGAUCAAUUACCUACUCAAAGCAUCAAUUGGAAAUGCAUCGUCAUUCACAACAGACAUGUCCAAUAACCUACCUACUUCCCCUGGUGAGUUACCGACGGGUAAAAAGAAGUCACUGCAUAAUCCUUCCUACACUUCAGAAAAGUUGAUCAAUCUAAUCAAUCCAAUAGAUGUAUCAACAUUACCACGACCUAAACCAAAGAGGUUAAUAUUGAAAGAUCCUAGGGGAAACUUGACCAAGGACAAGAAACUACUGCGCACGCAAUCGUCAACAUCAACUAUAAAUACCGUGCAUACAUUUGGCACCAUUUCAUCAAAUAAUCUGGAUCAAAACUCAGUCAAUGAACAAUCCUCUCAUACAAAUUCUGCCGAACUUGGGCAACAUCCCGAUAGACUGACACUAAGUGUCAAUAAACCACCAUCUACUAUCAAAGUCAUCUUGGAUGUACCGCAACGGGGAUACCUACGAGGUGAAUCCAUACCAGUGAAAUUGACAAUAAAUCAUUUGAAAAAGAUACAGGACCUCAAUGGGAUAAUUAUAACUUUUGUUCGUGUUUGUCGACUAGAUAAUGGUCCAGAUGGAGUGGUGGAGAGCUUUAGAAAAGAUUUACAGCAAACUGUACUACCAUUGUAUGUUGACCCCGUGAGUUUGAAUUCAGAAGUUAAAACAUCACUUAGAGUACCACCAGAUGCAUUCCCCACAAUUACAGGGUGUCCUUUGGUGUCAUUUCAAUAUUUCAUUGAAGUACUAAUUAACCUAUCUGGUCGUUCAGUUAAUGUCGAUCCUGAUCUUGUGGCCGACAGACAUCUGCCUGAUACAAACAAUAAUCAUCAAAGCCAACAACAGAAAAAUACCACAUCAAUCGAAUCAUUCCAAUUCAAUUUCAAUUCAACGAUACAACAUCAAAAGGACCGGUCUACAUUCAUCAAUACUGAUCGAUUCAAACGAUCAAAGAAAUUUCUCCAAUUGACUAGUGAAAUUUGUAUUGGAACUCAUCGGCUGCAACCUGAGAAUGAAGAAGUACAAACUCUUUCAUCAACUGAACCUACAACUACCACUGUAUCGAGACGUUCUUCAUCCUCGUUAUCAAACUCAAACAUGUCACCAGCGUUGUUCAACUCAUCGGGCCAUCCAUCACCGCAAAUACAAACGACAUCAUCAAAUUCACCAUCUUUUUUCAACCAUGCCACGCCACUUUCCUCAUCAGUACCGGGAGCACACAACGCUGGUGCAAAUUCAGCUGCAACAAGUGGUUCAACGUUGUCAACAUCGGCCAUUGCAGCUACAAAUUCGCCUCAGCGUUACCCAUAUAUAAAUUCAAUACCCGAAUCCACCGAAUUGAAUCAUUUUCAAACUCCACCAUAUUCGUCCAAUGCAGAUGAGUCACAUGUUGGAGAUGCACCUUUGUACAAUGAAGAUCACACAACUAUACUGAAUGAAUUCAUGCUGAACUUACGUGAGAAUUCUGGCUUAUCCGAGAAGCAAAGGAUGCAACAACACGAGUUCAGUUUGUUGCCCUCUGCACCACCAGAUUUGGAUGUGGAUGAUGGUGAUGACGAGGACGAGGAGGAGGAGUCUUUAAGAAAUGUGAACCAAGGUGAUGAGAGCCAUGGAACGGUACAACAGAAUCAGCAUGAAACAGUCCACCAUCAAUAUCCCGGUAAUAAUGGAGGAAACCACCCUCUGGCACUCGACGGCGCAAACGCCCCCAUUAGUUUCUUUUCAUACAAUCAACCAACGCCACCACAAUCACAGUCCGGCCAAAACAAUGAUAAUGAUAUCGAUAAUGAACAACGUACCCAAAAUGAUCACUUUCGCGCUCCUUCAUCAUCGACUCAUCUUAAUCCAACGAGCUCAUUAGCUCAUCAGUUGUUCAAUGAUGAGGUAAUUGACCAUGUCCCUAAUUACAUGAAUGCCGAGAAUGAUCAAUUACUUUCGCAAUCGCAAUCGCACAUUGCCACGCCAUCACAACAAAGACAACAGGGACAACAAAAUCAAUAA